AUGAAGCUUUCUAUUCUUCUGUUCUCGAUAUGGAUUUCAGCCAUCUUUGGUAAAACCAUCAAGCCGAAUGAAAAAGGUCAACAACAAAACGCUGAAAGCAGUCAUGGGAAACAAAGCAAGAGAAAGAAAGAUGGUCGACCCAACUUUAUUGUGUUGUUUAUGGACGAUCUUGGAUAUGGGGAUAUGGGUUUCACAGGUCACCCUACGACUAAGACCCCCAACUUGGACCGCCUUGCCUAUCAUGGAAAGAUUUUGACAACAUGGUAUUCUGGUUGCAGCGUUUGUUCUGGAUCUCGAGCAGCGUUGAUGACCGGGCGACAGUUUCCACGUUUUGGCCUUCCCGGAGUCUUGGGUGCUGCAGGAAAUACUGGGCUUCCUCUUAAUGAAACCACUAUUGCCGAGCAACUGAAGAAAGUCGGCUAUUCGACUGGAAUUGUUGGCAAGUGGCAUUUGGGUCAACGUCAGGUGUAUUUACCAGCGAAUCGAGGAUUUGACUUUUAUUUGGGUAUUCCGUACAGCGAUGACAUGGGUGCUGGGGUGCAGUCGGCGUGUCCAGCGGGUCUAGACCCGGGCAAUGAAAGGUACCAACAAUCCAAAGCGUUUGCUCAAGACUUUCCAGAUAAUCCAUUUGCACCCAACGAAUUAAUGUAUCAGCAAGGCGGCUUUCUCAACUCGCGAAUAAACAACAAAGCUUCCAUACACGACGCCAAGCCAGCCCAUCCUGAUCCUGCCGCCAACGUGUUGCCCUUGGUCUAUCAGAAUCGAAAGAAGAACGAGACCAAAGUGGUGGAACAACCUCUGGAUUUUACCACACUGGCGGAAAAGUACAAUGAUUUUGUUUUAAACUUUGUGGAAGAACAUCAGGAGGAUCCUUUCUUCUUGUAUCUGCCCUUUAGUCACGUGCAUACAACUCGAAGUACUCCCGAAGAACAGUAUGCUGGUUGCAAGUUUCAAGGGUCAACGGCGCGUGGUACCUUUGGCGAUGCGCUGGAAGAAUCCGACUGGAUCGUUGGCAACCUGAUGCAAAAGUUAGAAGACUUGGGGCUAGAUGAGGAUACAUUAAUUUUGUUCACUAGCGACAAUGGUCCAUGGCUCAUUAAGGAUCUUUCAGGAGGUAGUGCUGGUUUGUUCACUGGGCGAUUCGCCGGCUAUUGGAAUACAGGCAAGGCUACGACUUGGGAAGGUGGCAUUCGCAUGCCAGCCUUUGCUUAUUGGAAAGGAAAGAUUCCGCCCUUCAGCCGUUCCUCGGAAAUUGUCAGCUCGUUGGAUGUCUUUCCGACUCUUUCCUCCUUGGCAGGUGUCUCGCUUCCUCCCAACCGCACCAUGGACGGGCGGGACAUGUCGGACAUUUUAUUGCAGGAGCAUGGGAAAUCGCAACAUGACUUCUUAUUUAUCUAUGGCAACUGUGGUAAGGGUCCCUAUUGGGAAGUGUCUGGAGUCAGGCAUGGCGACUACAAGGCACACUGGUGCACAAUGCCCGGAUUGCAGGACAACCGGACGGCCAUGAUUCACCGGUACGAUCCCCCAUUGCUGUUCAAUGUGGCAAAAGAUCCGUCCGAAGCCUCUCCCAUUUCGUACAAUAAAAUGCCAGAGGACCCCCACGAUGCUGCUGUCAUGAAUCGCAUUUUGAAGGCAUACGCCAUGGAAAAGGCUACCUUUGAGUUUGGAAAUUUGGUACCGUAUCCUGAUGGUCCUGGUGAAGGCCCAGGUACUUAUGGGGUAUGCUGCGAUAGAAAACGAGACUGCUACUGUCGCGGCGACAGUAUGGGUGUCAAGCAUAAUGUUGGUAUUUUUGGACUAGGAACCGCUGAACAUCAUGACAAGUACCAUGAGGCAAUGGGAGAAGAGGAGCCAUGGCCACCAGUUACUUCGACGCAGGCCAUGUUGCACGAGUGGAAAACAGAGAAUCAGAAACAGCAACUUCGGUCCAAAGUUUACUGA